CGACUCUUGGGAGAUGUGCGCCCAGGGGUGGCCGCUAAGGAAGGCCGAGCCAGCGCUCCGGAGCGCCUGAGCUGCAAGGGGCCGGAGAGGGGCCGGCAUGGGCGCCGAGCUGCCCGCGCCUUGGCUGCUGCUGGUCGCCUGGCUCCCAGCAGGGUGCCUGUCCUUGCUGGUGACUGUCCAGAACACAGAACGCUAUGUCACCCUGUUUGCCUCGGUCACCCUCAAAUGUGAUUACACCACCUCUGCUCAGCUCCAGGACGUAGUGGUGACAUGGCGCUUCAAGUCCUUCUGCAAGGACCCCAUCUUUGACUACUUCUCUGCCUCGUACCAGGCAGCGCUGUCCCUGGGCCAAGAUCCCUCCAAUGACUGCAAUGAUAACCAGAGGGAAGUUCGCAUCGUGGCCCAGCGGCGGGGGCAGAAUGAGCCUGUGCUGGGGGUGGAUUACCGGCAGCGCAAGAUCACCAUCCAGAACCGAGCUGAUCUAGUGAUUAACGAAGUGAUGUGGUGGGACCAUGGAGUGUACUACUGUACCAUUGAGGCACCAGGGGACACAUCAGGAGACCCAGAUAAGGAGGUGAAGCUCAUCGUCUUGCACUGGCUGACGGUGAUCUUCAUCAUCAUGGGAGCCCUCCUCCUCCUGCUGCUGAUUGGUGUGUGCUGGUGCCAAUGCUGUCCCCAGUAUUGCUGCUGCUACGUCCGCUGCCCCUGCUGCCCCACUCGCUGCUGCUGCCCUGAAGAAGCCCUGGCCCGCCAUCGCUACCUGAAGCAGGCCAAGGCCCUAGGUCCUCAGAUGAUGGAAAAACCCCUGUACUGGGGGGCAGACAGGAGCUCCCAGAUUUCAUCUUAUGCCAUGAACCCUCUGCUACAGCAAGAUCUCUCCCUGCGAUCCAGCCUUCCACGGAUGCCCAUGACCCAGGCUGCAGCUCACCCUCCUGUGGCCAAUGGGGUCCUGGAAUAUUUGGAGAAAGAGCUCCGGAAUCUCAACCUGGCCCAGCCUCUGCCCCCGGACCCCCACGCCCGCUCAGCCCAUGCCCGCAGCAUGCUCUCGUCCCUGGACUCCGAGGUGGUGGAGCGCAGGGUCCUCCAGCUGCCUCCGCUCAUCAGGCACUCCGCGUCCUCCCGAACCAGCGUGUCCUCACACGGGCAGUGGCUCUCCUCGGAGCCCUCCAGGCCCUGGGAUCCCAGGGAGGGGCGAAGGCAGCACCAGCACCCCGAUUUCUACCAGGAGCUCCAAGACCGGGCACCUAACCCCUGGGCCCCGGGAAGCCGGGAGCUGGAGCAGGCGCGGAGCGGCAGGCGCUACCGCUCCAGGUGGAACGGGGCGCCCAGGCCCUGGUCAGACAGGGACAGCCUCAGCGAGGGGCGCCCCUCGUCCAGCGAGGCUCGAUGGGCGCCCGAAGGCCGCGCACCCCGGAACCAGCGUGCGCAUCGCGAGAGGCCGCGCAGGCCCAGCCCCAGGCAGGAGGCGCCCAGGCCCGGGAGACCCCGCGGCCGGCCCCGCAGCUACUCCCCUCCGCAGACCUCAGGCCUCAGCUCCUGGAGCUCCGAGGAGGAGAAGGAGGCCACCCCCCCUCGCUGGGGGCCCCCUCGCCGCCGCCGGUCCCACUCCCCAAACCUGCCGGAGGAGAAGCCGCCCAGCUACCGCUCCCUGGAUGUCACUUCAGGCAAGAAUGGCAGGCUAGAAGGGAGUGUGGAGAGGCGCUCGGAGAGAGAGAGCUCCCAUAGCGGAAGGAGUGUGGUCAUUUAGUCACUGGGCACAGCAUGGACCUCCCGUGGCUCUUCCUGGGCUCCAGUUUGUCUCAGCAUCACCCAAACUUCCAGCUGACUUGAGAAAGACACUCCAAGUUUGUACCUGACACAGUUGGCUUAGAUUCUGCACACCACAUAGCAGAAAAGAGCUUCAGCCUGGAUUCAUGCUUUUUGCAUAUUUAUACAGUCUGUGACUUGUCAUAGACCCUCAAUGGAUAAAUGACUGAUUUCUCAGAAACUUGGGUUGUGAAAGAAGUGAUAGUGCUCAGGACCGGGCCUUUCUCACUGUGAGAAUUCAUGAAUGUGGAAAAAGAAAUCACACUUGCUCCACAAACUGAAAAUCUAUGGAAUAUCAUAAGCAAACUCACAAAUAGCUUGAGGGUCCUUCUGUGUUAGGCGUGCGGCCUGUUUCUUGAAUCCCCAGCCUUGGGCAUGCCUGCGUCAGAACUGGCAUGGAAAUUCCACAGCUGUGUCUCCUUUCACCCCGUUUAUUCCAAGUGUAGAAACAACAGGGUAACCAUUGUACACCAGCCUCUUCCUAUUUCUUGUUUUCUUCUUGCUUUUUAAAAAUUCUCCCUAUAUCUAACAUCUAUUUAUAUUUUCUUAUUUAUGUGUUCCUUAGUAUCACCUUAAAUGUUUCUGGAGAGCAACACUGUAGACAUUAGAAAAAGAAAUGAUGUUAAUGGACUAAGGGUUCUCUUCCAAAUAAAUAUCUGCUUUUCUA